UCAGUAGCUUCUUGGUUCCUCUAUCGCCGCAGGCUUUUAGGGCCUUACCCGACUGUCAUCUGGGUACCGCGACGCGCGUAGAAGGAAGCGGCGGCCGUCAUUGUACGUUGUCCCCGCAGCCAGCGGUAAGCGAGCGCGCUCUCGAAAGCCUAGGGGUCCUGCAACCCCAAUUCCCCGCGCCAUGGCAGUUCCAGGUUGCAACAAGGACAAUGUUCGAGCAGGCUGUAAAAAAUGUGGCUACCCUGGUCAUCUGACUUUUGAAUGCCGCAAUUUUCUCCGAGUAGACCCAAAAAGGGACAUAGUUUUGGAUGUUAGCAGCACAAGCAGUGAAGAGAGUGAUGAAGAGAAUGAAGAACUGAAUAAAUUGCAGGCAUUACAAGAAAAAAGAAUAAGUGAAGAAGAGGAGAAGAAAAAAGCCAAAAGCAAAGAGAAAAUCAAGUUGAAAAAAAAAAGAAAAAGGUCUUAUUCAUCCAGUUCCACUGAAGAGGAUACUUCAAGACAAAAGAAACAAAAAUAUCAGAAGAAAGAAAAGAAAAAAGAGAAAAAGAAUAAGUCAAAAAAGGGGAAGCAUCACAAAAAGGACAAAAAGAAGAGAAAAAAGGAAAAGCAUUCUUCAACUUCUAAUAGUUCUGAAAUCUCCAAAAAGUAACUGAGACUUUGCCCUAAGCCAUUACAUUUUAAAAUUUGGUUUUGAAAAUUAACUUUCUUUGACAUUUGCUAUAUAAUUAUGCUUUGCAAUAAAUCACAGCCUUUUCCAUAUAGACAUGUUUUUCACAUAUGGUACCAUUAUUGUCUGGCAAUAUUUUAAUGUACUAUGAUUAUAAAAUUUUGAAUCAGUCUUAUUACUUGAUAGCCAUGGCCCAAGUAUGAAUAUUUGUGCAGCAAAACUCAUCAUUUUUGAUAUUAUGUUUCUGUGUGUAUGGCAAGUAUUAUUACUUCAUAAGUUGACUGUAAAUGGCUUAACUGCAGUCAACACAGAUAAUUUAUCUAGCAGUUAAUUAGUAUUAAUUAAGUGUCCACCUUCCAGUGAUAAAGUGAGGUAGGGGAUGAUGCUUUGCACUUGACACUGAAAAUUUUAAUAGUUUUAUAUCCUAUGAUAAUGUAUAAAGAUAGUGAAAUUCUUCACUGUUUUUAAAUCUAGACUUUUUUGUUUUGUUUUGUUUGAAUGUCAUAGGAAAUGAAGCUGCUUUAUUGAUCUCAACCAAAACUUAAGUGAAUGGUGUCAGUAAGAAGAUGAUAAUUAAAAUAUUUGUAACAAAA